CGUCUGGCCGGCCGGGCCGGGAAGCGAGGGGGCCGGGCGUCGUCGGAGCGCGCCAAGCGCCGCCCCUCGGCUCCGCCAAGCGCCGCAGCUGGCUGGCUGGUUGGUUGGCUGGGCCAUGGUGGAGCAAGCCGACGACGCGCCGCUGCUCUUCUGGGCCGAGGGCCCGGCCGUCUCCCUCCCGGAGCCCGGCGAGCCCGGCGGCUGGGGGGGCUCCUGUUCUGGCGUCAAGGGGGAGGCAGCCGCCGGCGGUGGCGGCGGCCCCGGCGGGCGCCUCCAGGAGCGGGAAGGAGCCGAGCAGGUGGAGGAGGACCAGAUCUUGGCCGUGUUCGUGGUCACCUUCGAUCCCCGCACGGGUAAGGGCUGCUUGCAGCGGAAUCGCUUAGGGAUGCCCUCGCCGGAUCUCCCUUUCCCCCCGUGGAGGGGGAAGGGACUCGGAUUCGCACCCAGUCCCCCCCCCCCCGGCAGCCUGGGUUGCGCGUGGUGGUGGGUGCCUUUACAGCAGCAAGACCUCAACAGGAGCUUGUGUGUGUGUGGUUUCUCCCCCUUUGGGUUGCUUUCUGGCAGAACCGAGUUCCUCUGACCAUGCACAAAGGGCGCUCCCCUCGCCCUCCUUUAAGCUGCAGUUGCACGUCGGCAUACACCUUCCCAGGAAGGAAACCAACCGGUAGGUUGGCAUUAGAGAUGUGUCACCUCUUUUCCUACUACAGUACCUGGUGAUGCCCAGAGAGAUUCCUAAGAUAUCAGCCAUGAAUUCUUGGGCAGGGAAGGUGACUUGCACCUGUUUGCUUUUCCACCAGGCUUUUCCUAAUGGAAAACUUAAUAGUGUCUCCACCCUCUGUGAGUCAUGGAUGCCCUUUGUGGCAGCCACCUCAGUGGUAGCUGAUGAUGCCCGUUGAGGGUGAAAGGUCUGAUUGGUUGUAAGCAGACAAGGCAGGCAGGUGGGGCCUGGCUGAGGGCAAACUGAGGCUAGUGGGACAGUGCCAUAUUUGCCCCAAUUGCAUAGCAUCCCCCUCCCACACAGGUAUCCCUCGGAAGACAUCUCCAGACGAUGGAAGAAGAUAGAGUCAUACGCUGUCUACCCACUGCAUUCAGAGAGGCCCUGUUAGAAGCAGUAGGGCCUACACCAUUGACCCUUGACCUCUCAAACUGCAACUUCAGGGUACCACUCCAGGGACUUCGCCCAAAGCAUUUGGAUGCCUGGUGUGAAAAAUACACAUGGUCCCCCCUUCCCCACUGGUGCAUCCGUGAACAUGGGGCAUGAUUCUCUGGGACAUAUUCCAGUGGAAGUGUCAUUGAAUUGCACAAGUGCACAGUUGUGCUUGUUCUGGUGGAGCUGUCCCAAGAGGACUUCCUAGUACCCUUAGAUGCCCAGGUUGGUCUGUCCGUCUCUGCUGCUCUUAAUGGCAGACAUGAAGGGAUUUCUCUCUCUCCAUCUCCCGUAAUACUUGAGUAUGGGAUUACCCAAUUACAUUGAUGGGUGUUGAUUGUGGAUGGACAGAAAGAGUGUACCGCUUUUCACUACGUAUCUUAACUUGCAACCAGGGUAGCCAGAUAUUGGUGGACUACAACUCCCAUCAUCCACAGCCAUUGGCCAUGCUGCUUGGGACUGAUGGGAUUUGUAGUCCAGCAUCAUCCGGAAGCACUGCAGUGCCUUACACAAUGCGCUGCCGCAGAAUGUAGCAAUGGGCUGUCGGCUUGUUUAGGUAGCUUUUGGGGAGGAUCAAACAAAUUCACGGAGGAAGACGGGUCUUACCAGCCAUUACGGCUAAACGGAGCCAUACUGUUCUGAGGCAAUAUGCCACAGACUACCAGUUUCUGGAGACCAAAUAACAAGGGAGGGCUGUUGCCUUCAAGCCCUGCUUGUGGGCUUCCCAAAGGUGUCUUAUUGGCCACUCUGGGAAGCGGAAUGAUGGACUAGAUGGGCCUUGGGUCAGACCCCAUUGCAUUCUCACCUGCAAAGUUGAAGAUAUGUUUUCUGUUAUGUUCUGUAUGAAUGUUACCAAUUAGGAGUAGUUGGAAGGAUGUUCCUCUUAAGCAGAUACAGUAUGAAACCUGUUAGAGGUCACCAGCGUGCUUGCAAAGCCCUUCCCUGUAACCAGAAGGGUCCUUUCCCUUCCACUGAAAUGGGUGAAUUCUGUUGUUGCCCAUUGGAAAGGUUGUGGGGUGCCAGCAAUAGUUUAUCCAGUUUGCAAAUGGCGUCAGAAAGCUCCCAAAUGCUAUUGAUCCUGGACAUCCUGCUCUUUAACUCCAACUAUACAAGGAUUGUUUGUGGUUACUUGGCUGGUAGGGAGAAAAAUACUCUGCACAUACUUAAAGGCAUUGCAGCAUAUUCCUGGAGUUACCUUUGCUUUUGAACAUUAACAGGAAGAAUUAAGCCCAGACUUGCUUUUAUAAGGAUAAGCAAAACUGAGUACCAUUUUCACUGUGAAGUUUCUGCAGCGUGAAUCUUUUUGAAGUGGCUCAAUAUUUCCUCAUUUCUUGUGUUGUGUCCUUUACCUACAUCCUGUUGCAUGAAUAUGUGGCAGGUUUUCAACAGUUUAAACAAGUUCUUUGGAAAUAUAUGCAAAUUGUGUGGGUUUUGUUUUUUAAAAUUGUUUCCUGCUUUUUCACUGGAGGUUACUGAAGGCAACUAGCAACAAUAAUGCAAUGAAAUAUAUUAAAAAUAGAUAAUAGCUGUGAAAUACACCAUUAAAAAACAAGACAGGUAAAAAAAAAUCAGUCAUUAAAAAAAACUAGUGAAAACCAAUUUCAGUAUAUUCACAAGCCAGCUUGUAGGCCAAAAGCCUGUUUAAGUAAAAAAAAAAAGUUUUGUCUAAAUAAAAAAGAUAACAUCAUAGCUGCUGCAAGAUAGGGUGACAGCUGCCAGCUUGUCUUUAAAAGAGGAUUAGAUAAAACUCAUGGGGGAUAAGUCUAUCAGUGUCUACCAGCCAGGUUGGUCAUGUUAUGGGAGGCAGUAUGAAUACCAGUUUCUGGAAACCUCAGGUGGGGAGACUGCAAUUGCACUCGGCUUCUGCUUGCAAGAAGCCUAGGGGCAUCUGCUAGGUGAAAACUGUGAUAAGCUUUUGGCCCUCUCUAACAUGGCGACGGGGUGAGCUCCCGUUGCUCGGUCCCUGCUCCUGCCAACCUAGCAGUUCGAAAGCGCAUCAAAGUGCAAGUAGAUAAAUAGGUACCACUCCAGCGGGAAGGUAAACGGCAUUUCCGUGCGCUGCUCUGGUUCGCCAGAAGCGGCUUAGUCAUGCUGGCCACAUGACCCAGAAGCUGUACACUGGCUCCCUCGGCCAGUAAAGCGAGAUGAGUGCCGCAACCCCAGAGUCGGCCACAACUGGACCUUAUGGUCAGGGGUCCCUUUACCUUUAACAUGGCUCUUAUGCUCUUAUUUAGCCUUUUUAGGCCUUCCUAAAAUGACCAGGGUAUCCUACAAUUCUGCUUGUAUGGAAUAAUGUCCUAUUGAACAUGAGCGAAAAUGCUAAAGAAUUGGGCAGUGUGGCAGCUGAUUCUUUAUGCAGGCUAACCUGUAGCAUUGACUGAUGCCACGCUCGCCUUCAACAAGUUCGUUCAAGUAGCUUAUAUCUUAUUUGGUCCUAAUUCAGGUAUUGAUGGCUCACAUCUCUGCCCACGCUCAGCCAAGGCAGUUUACAUGCAUGCAUCCAGUUCUGUCUUAGCCACUUGAGUUGGCCUUGCUUGAGAGACUGUGGAGUGGCUUCUUGCUUUUGUGAAGCUCAAUAAUUAAUGCUUCGCUUGAAGAGCACUUAACUUCAAGGGUUCUUUAAAUGCCUUGCAAAUUCCCGAGCCAUGUGGUGCAAAAUCUGCUGGGUUGAUUAUGAAACCUGUAAUGAAAAGGUCGUGGAUAGGUAUGCAAUGGCGUGUUAGAUCGUCCUCCGGAUGUUGCUUCUGGUGGUGUCUGCAUGGCUGCUGUGUUUGGGGCGGAUUGAGGAAAGAAGUACUUGCAAAAGGAGCAUGGUGGUCUCUAAUCCUCCCGUUUGGUGAGGCUGGCUUUUCUCUCCCUCUGUGUUGGAAGUGCUUGGAGGGUGACUUCAGACUUCAUAUGUGUUCGGUGGUAUGAAUCUGUGCGUUGAAUUCAUUAAGAGAUUUCUAUAGCUUUACCAAAAAUGAUCACUGAUUGCAAAGAUAAUAUUGGAAAAACAUAAUGCUUAAUAAACAGAAACAUUGAAGCAGUUACUGUAAAUUACAUAAUUAACAAUAUCAUAACAAUGACUUAAUCCACCACCCUCUAAAAGUCCAGCAAAAAACCUGGGUUUUUACCCGACACCUAAGGUUGGGACAAAGUGUACUUCAUUGGGGAGAUUGUUCUAUAGGUUUAGGGCCACCACCAAAAGGGCUCUUCCUUUUCUAAGGAAGCAGACAUAAUUGCGCUAUUAUCAGAGUCUACAUAUUUUGGCUUGGCCUUCUAGACAGUCAUAGCUGGUGGUUGCCACUGACCCCUUCCCCUCUCUGUUCUGGGAAAUGGAGUGAUGUGUCAGUUAUGGUCACAUUGUCCUUAGCUAGGGACAACAUCUGGGAUCCUUGGGCAUCUUGGCACGGCCUGUGCUUGAUAUCUGCCCCAGGCUCCUGCCCCCCAGCCCUUCUUAUUUUCCCCCUCCCCAGUUUGGUCCUCCCAAGCAGUGCAUGGUAGGUGAAUCUAGCCACCAUUUUAAUUUCCCACAACGUAUUUGGGGAAGGCUUGCAGCUCAGUGACAGAACGCCUGUCUUGCAUCCUGAAGGCCCUAGGCUCAGUUACUGGCAUCUCCAGGUAGGGCUGGGAAUAUGUCCUGUCUGAAACCUUGGAGAGAUGCUGCUAGUCAUUGUAGGCAGCACUGAGCUAUAUGAACCAUUGGUCUGAUCUCAGGACAAUCGUACCUUGGAUAUUGAACGCCUUUUAAGUUGAAUGUUUUGGCUCCCGAAUGCCGCAAACCCGGAAGUGAGUGUUCCGGUUUGCGAACCUUCUUUGGAACCCGAACGUCUGUUUUCGGAAGCCACACUUUGGUUUCCGAAUGUUUUGGAAGUCGAAUGGACCUCCGGAACAGAUUCUGUUUGACUUCCGAGGUACCACUGUAUAAGGCAUCUUCCCAUGUCACUGUAUUCUUCUGCAACUUUGCCCACAUCUUUUUGUCCCCUCUGUUGCCUUCCCUGAGUUUUGGCUGCAAGUCUGUCCCUUGGAUGUCUUCGAAGAAAUGGUGGAUUCAUUUGUUGGUCAUUUAUGAAUGUAGACAGGCUCGCUGACAGUACCAGCCUCAACCAGACUACAGUGAGAAGUGGGGUUUUUUGUUUUUGUUUUUAGUAUCCAUGGGUUAAGCACUAGUGAAAAAUUCAAAUUACAGUUUAUGGAUUUAUGUCUACUUUCACAAACAGUCGAGCCACAGUGCUGUCCAAAUAUGCAAAUACAAAUGCAUUUAAAAGUACAAGGAAGUUAUAGCAAGAUGUCAUUUCUAGAUAUUAAAAAAUAAAAUGAUUAAUGACGAAACGGUAGCUUAAAUAUCACACAGGCUAGGAUAGCAGUUUUAAAUAGAAACACCAUGCACUGUUUUCUCACAUCCCCUUAUGUGACAAAGUUCUUUUGCCUCUUCUUCUGUGGAAGGAAGCGAAUGACAACAUCAACAGACUCUCUCUCCGCCUCCCCUUUCGCCUUACCAGUUACGUUCUUUGCGAAUGUUGAGGAAUGGGAGGAAGUAAAGUCUGGAUUGCCUCGCUACUAUUUCCCUGACCACAAAUUUGCAGUUCUAAUCUUGGGGCUGUUCAAGUUCUGCUUUUGGGCUCAAUUGAAAGUCUUCCUGAUGUCAGAAUUAGUCACUUUGUGGAGGACUUUCCUUAUCCCCUGCAAACAUGCGUUAUCAGUUGACAUCAGCGGCUCCUUUUUUUUUAAAAAAAAAAUAUUUUAUUAAGGAUUUUCUUGUUUUACAGAAGUGUAGUGCCUCGUAUUUUUUUUUUAUGUAACAUUUUUACAAAUCCGUUUCAUUUGUUGAGGCAUUGGGGGGAGAAGGGGGAAAAAAAAGAAAAAAGAAAGGGGGGUGGAGAGAGGGAAGAUGGAUAGGGGUGGGGUCGGGUGGCAGUGUUUCUAUUAUGUUUAAUGUAUGUAGAGUUUGGUGUCAGCAUUGCUUGUGUUGUUCACUUGUGUUCCUUUGGUGGUGAGAGAGGUUGGGGUUGGCCUAGGGUGUGAUUGUUUGCUUGUGAUUGGCUGUGGUGAUCUUUGUUUUCGUGUGUGAGUGAGGUGGGUGGGUGUUUUGGAUCAGGUUAGCCAUAUUGAUUUGUAUGCUAUUGGUGGAUUAUUGUCAUUGUCCUGUUGGGCUGUGUAUGUGAUAAAGGGGAGCCAUACCGGGGUGAAGGCGUCUUCUUCUGUUUGUCCCGUGUCAGUUUCAGUUUAUUAGUUAAUUUUUCUAGUAGGGCUGUUUCCCAUACUAUUUGGUACCAUUGGUCCAUGCUUACUCCUGACAGGUCUCUCCAGUGUCUGGUUAUGGUGUUUCUGGCUGCUGAGAGCAGGUGGGUUAUGAGUUCUUUGUGGUGUAAAUAGGCAUUGUUGUCUUGGAAGAUGUUUAGUAGGGCCAAUUCUGGGGUGAUGUCUAUUACUUGCUUAGUUAUUUUACAUAUUUCUUGUAUGGCUGUUGUCCAGAAUAGUUGGAUUUUGGGAAACUCCCACCACAUGUGGAGGUAUGUGCCUGUGGAGGUGCACCCUCUCCAGCAUUUUGGUGAGGUUCCUGGGUGUAUUAGCGCUAGUUUCCUUGGUGUUAGGUACCACCUGUAGGUGAGUUUCAGUGUGAGUUCUUUUCUUUUCGUUGAUAUGGAUUUAAAGGGGGGUUUAGACCAUAUUCUGGUCCAUUGAGUGGGGUUAAUCUCAUAGCCUAUGUAUCAGCGGCUACUAUUCACGAUGACUGUGGCCACAUUUGCAGCGAACAUUUCCCGGAGUGGUUUGGCACUCAGUCCUUUUUUGCAGAGAACUCUGAGAACUCUGCAGCUCUGUCAGGGGGAUAGGGGUCCCCUAGCAAUUCUCAGCACCCGUCACAAACUGCAGCUCCUAGGAUUAUUCGAGGAAAGCCAUGGCUGCUUAAAGCGUGUAACUGUACGGUAUGAACGUAUCAGAGGCAGCACAAAUACCAGUUACAGGUGAACUGCAGUAGGAGGGGACUAUUGUGCUCCUGUCCAAGAUCUAGACCUCUUCCCUUAGGGUAGAACUUGCAGUGAUACCCAAAUCCCCGCUGUUUAAACUACCUUGUUUAGUUGUGGGAAGCGUUUUUCUUUUCCCAUAGUGUCAGUGCGUCCGUAGCUCUUAUGAGUACGGUAUGGAAUGCACUUGUGCCAGGGUUGUGGGCAGGGUGGAUAAAAAUCAAUGAUUAAUAAUAAUAAUAAUAAUUGGAUUCUUUUUAUUUAAAUCAGAUUUUUUUGAUUUAAAUCGGAUUUUUAAAAUAAAAUGCUUCGGAAGGAAAAAUCUUUCUAAAGAUAGUUUUCUAUUUAAGUUACAUUAUAGUCCAAACUCUAUUCAUCAGGAAAUAAGGAUUUGUUUUAAGUUUUUCAUGUGUGCUAAAACUCCAUCUAAGCUUUUUUAAAACAAACAAACAAACAAAAACAUGGAUACAUAUGCUAUAAUGUUAUUGCAUUAGUUAAAUAAAUGGUUUAACUGAACUAAAAUUGUUAGUUAAAUUGUUUAAAUUGUUAUUAAGGAAAUGAUUAUUUUCUCCUUCCAAUAAAGUACAGCAGAAAAGUUGUCCAAAUAUAAACAGUUCACUUGUUAAACCUCAAAACAAUUUCGCAAUUAUCUCUCUAUGUAUUUCUAAUAGUGUGAUGGGAUGAUGAGCUGCUUGUGCGUAAAAUAGUAUCCCCUCAGAGUUUGUUCAAGUCCACAAACCUCUGUCUGUGACGGAGCCCCUCAGACAUGGCUCCUCUAGUCACUAGCAGAUUCCGACAGUGGUUGCUUUCGGAAUCGCUUCCAACAUAAAAGCUCCUUAACGGAAACACGUCUUCUGGACUCUCUGCGUGACAGUUUCCGGCGAGGAGUGGGUGUUCCUACAGGAGGUCCUGAAACCUCUCCACUGUUUUCGCUGGAAGUGUCUCUGAGCCAUCCCUCCAGCUCACUUUCCCUCAGCUCAGCUCCUCUCCCCUACUGGUUCCCUCUUCAGCUGCUGAGUCUCUCCCAACCUGUGUGAGCCCUUUCACCUCCCUUCCUUCCGAUGGCAGUUCCCUGACAUCCACCUCCCCUCCAGGGCCCCUUUCACCCCCUCUCGCCCCCUCCUCUACGGGCGGUGAGGAGGCAAAACCCCGGAAUGAACUUCCUUCAUCUUCCGAUGUCUCGAACACUUCUCUCCACCUGUUGCGGUUCCUGGUCUCGAAGUACUCCUCCUCCUCAGAGUCCAUCUCCCUUCCCCUUCCGAGUCCGGGAAUCCUUCCAACUCCUCCUCCUCAUCAGUGGUCCCAAAGUAUUCCCUCCGGAACCUCUCCACCGGCUGAGGUUUCCUUGGGAACCUUUGAUGGAACGUUUCUAUCAAUACCUCGUCAUUGAUAUCUUCGGCCAUUACCCAAGUGUUUUCGGACUCCGGUUCUCCUUCCCACGCUACCAAAUACUCCACCUGAUCCCCCUUCCACCUGGCGUCGAGGAUUUCUGCUACAUGGCUGCUGCAUUCUCUUUCUUCUAUGACCGGUCCCCGAGUGGCCAUCCCUUCUCGUCCCCCUUCGUACGGUGACAGUAACGACCUGUGAAAUACUGGGUGCAGUUUCAUGUGGUUGGGUAACCGGAGCCUGAAAGCCACUGGGUUGACCUGUUGAAUGACCUCAAAGGGACCCAACCUCCUGGGUCUUAAUUUCUUACAACCUCCUUUGAACGGCAACCCUUGGGUUGACAGCCACACCCUAUCUCCCACCCUUAUGGUUACACCUUCCCUUCGGUUCUUGUCUGCCUGCCUCUUGUAUUCUUCCUUCGCCCUUUCUAAGUUGAGUUGGAGCUGACGAUGGAUUGCUUCCAUUUCUUCCACAAAAUGCUCGGCUGCCGGGACGCUCCAUCUCUCCCCAUCUCCCCUGGGAAAGCCCUGGGAUGACACCCAUAAUUAGCCAAGAAGGGCUCAUCCCUGUGGACACAUUCUCGGCAUUGUUGUAGGCAAAUUCUGCCAGCGCCAACUUUUCUACCCAGUCAUUCUCUCUGUCAUUGACAUAACACCUCAGGUAUUGCUGGAGGACACCGUUUGCUCUUUCCGCCUGCCCGUUGGUUUCAGGGUGCCGGGCAGUCGAAAAAUUGACCUCCACCUGCAGUAAGCUCAUGAGCUUCCUCCAGAACCUGGAAGUAAAUUGUUUUCCUCGGUCUGAGACCACCCUCAAUGGCACCCCGUGCAACCUAAAAAUGUGUUCUACAAAUAACUUCGCUGUCUCUUCCGCCGUGACUGCAUGCGAGCAAGCUACAAAGUGGCACAUCUUUGUUAGUAGGUCUACCACCACCAUGAUGGCUGUUUUCCCUUUGGACUUCGGCAGAUCAGUCAUAAAAUCUAUCGACACUGCCUCCCAAGGUCGUUCUGGGGUUGGUAAGGGUUCUAAUAGCCCCGCCGGCGCCCGCCUUUCUCCUUUGGCUCGCUGGCAUUGCUCGCACCCUCUUACAUACUCACGUACAUCUUCCCUCACCUUAGGCCACCAAAAUUCCCUGGUGACCAACCACAUGGUUUUGUGUUGUCCAAAAUGCCCCGCCGUAGGGCUGUCGUGCAACUGCUUGAGUACCCUCCCCUUAAGUCUCCUUCAGGGAUAUACAGUGCCCCUUUGUAAUACAAAGCUCCAUUUCUUUCCUCGAAACCCCCUGGUUCCUCUCCCUCACCCCUAAGACCUCUGAGCUUAUUCUGGGCGUAUUCAUCAUUCUCUGUUUCCUCUACCAGUUCUCUUUGUCCCACCAAUGCCGCCCCACACACCCAGCGGUCCUCUGGAAUGACAUGUCUCUCUUCGGUGCUCCCUCCCCUCCAAAUAUUCAGGUUUGCGUGAGAGAGCGUCCGCCCUAAUGUUCUCUGGGCCUGGCACGUAACCAAUCUCAAAGUUAAAUUUGGAGAACUCCUGGGCCCAUCUCACUUGCCGUUGGUUGAGCACUCGUGCCGUCCUCCAAUACUCUAGGUUCUUGUGGUCAGUGCACACUUGCACCUUAUGUUGUGCGCCAAUUAGCAGGUGCCUCCAUCUCCGGAACGCCUCAUGAAUGGCUAGUAGUUCUCGGUCAUACACCGUGUAGUUCCUCUCGGAUUUGUUCAGCUUUCGCGAAAAAAGCACACGGUCUCCACUCUGACUCCUCCUUCCCUGGCUGCAGAAGCACCGCCCCAAUCGCUCUGUCUGAUGCGUCAGUUUCCACUCUCAUCGGUUUUUGUAAAUCCACAUGCAGGAGUUGUUGUUCCGAGGCGAAGGCCCUUUUUAGUUCCUCAAAUGCUCGCUCCGCCUCCUCAGUCCAAACGAACUUCUUCUUACUGCUGAGACAGUCCGUAAUGGGCGCCGUCAGGUGGGCAAAGUUUGGGAUGAACUUACGAUAGAAGUUCCCAAAUCCUAGGAACCUCUGCACAUCCUUCCUUGUUUUGGGUGUUUUCCAUUCCAGCACCGCCUGGACCUUGCCGGGAUCCAUGGCCAAUCCCUUGUCUGACAGGCGAUACCCCAGGAAUUCCACCUCCUUGGUAUGAAACUGACACUUCUCCAGUUUCACCCACAGCUGGUUGGCUUGCAGCCUGCUCAACACUUCUCUGACGUCUCUCACAUGCUGCUCCUCAUUCUCAGAAUACACCAACACGUCGUCUAAGAAGGCCACACAAUUCUUGUAAAGCAAAGGCCCCAGGACGUGGUUCAUAAACGAUUGAAAGCAUGCGGAGCCUGCUUGUAGGCCGAAGGGCAUAACCAAAUAUUCAAAUGCCCCUAAAGGGGUGAACAUGGUGGUUUUCCAUUCACCCCCCUUCCUUAUUCGUAUCAGGUUGUACGCCCCCCUUAGGUCCAGCUUUGUGAAAAUCUUUCCCUUCCGCACCCUUGUCAAAAUGUCGUCAAUCCUGGGCAUAGGGAAGGCCACUGGUUCUGACACUGCAUUUAAGGCCCUGAAGUCACACACCAGCCUCGGCUUGUUCGUCUUUUGUUAAUCCACAAAAACACUGGGCUGCCCCACCGCCCUGGACUCUCUGAUGAACCCUCUCUUCAGGUUCUUGUCAAUGAACUCUCUUAGCUCCUGCAUCUCUCUAUCUGACAUGGCGUACAGCUUGCCUACAGGGAGCUGUACCCCAGGGGUAAAUUGAUUUGACAGUCAAAGGGUCUAUGCGGGGGUAGUUGGUCAGCUUCCCUUUCGCUGAAGACGUCGCGGAGAUCUGCGUAUUGUCGUGGUACCUUCACGUUCUCCGUUACUUCAGUCCCUGCUAGGGUGGCUUGGGCCCCUGCCAAACCCUUUCCCUCUUUGCAGUGUUCUAAGCAAUGUGCUGAACCAAAAGAAACCACUCUCUGAUGCCAGCCCACCAGCGGAUCAUGUAACGCUAGCCAGCUCAUCCCCAAUAUAAUGGGAGCUCCUCCCAAGGUGGCCACAUUAAACGCUAUCAGUUCGGUGUGCCUUGCCACCUUCAUUAUCAUUGGGACGGUCUGCAAGCUGACUUCUCCUCCCAACAGCUCCCUGCCAUCGAUCGUGGUCACCUGCAGGGGGUUGCUUAAAGGGAUCGUCUGUAUCUGGUGUUCAGCUGCAAACUCUUUGCUCAUGAAAUUGCAGGAGCUGCCUGAGUCCAACAGCGCCUUUAUCUUUAGAGGGUGUCCGUUUGGCAGCUCUAGCGCCACUUCUAUCACUAGGGGCGGGUUUAGGAGGUUCUGGCGUGGGCACUCUCACUGCUCUUUGGCCUGGCUGCUGUGCCCCGACGGUGGCAGCCAGGCGUUGGCUUUACUUGCUCCGGUAUUUCUUCCUCUCUUCCCUCCACAGCUCCUACCAUCCCUUGCCAUUCCUUCCUCUGAGGGCAGACUCUGGCAAAGUGACCUGGCUGUUGGCAGAGAUAGCAUUUCCGGGCGCGUUUUCCCUCCUUCUUUCCCCCUCACUGGGAUUUGAAUGUGCGCGCGCGCGCUGUUCCGAUUUCCAUCGGCUCUGCCGGCGGGAAAGUUGGCUCUGGAAUGUCUGGAAUGCGGAACUCCUUCCAACGUUCCCCCUUCCCUUCCCGCCUCUCCAAUGCUCUCGCCUCCUGGCGCUCCUAUGGUCAGCGCUGAUUUGGUCAGCUGGUCCAUAGACUCCGCCCUGGGCGCCCGGGAAAGUUCGUCUUUCACAGCCGAAGAAAGCCCUUCUUCAAAGAGCAUUUGAAUGGGUUCCGCCGAUAAGUCCCACCCCAAUCUGUGAACUAGCAUGGUGAACUCAGUCCAGUACUCACGGACAGAUCGGCUCCCCUGUUUGCAAGCCAUUAACUGUCUGCGCACCACUCCCUGUUCAAUAUCGCUGGAAAACAUCAGAUCCAUGGCGCGAAAGAACUUCAUCGUGUCCUUUAGUACGUCACUAUUCGCUGCCAUCAGGGGUCUAACCCAGUCUCUCGCCCCCUUUUCAAGAUGCCCAAUCAUGAAAGCCACUCGUGAUUCCUCGUCAGGGAAUUCAUCAAACUGCAGAUUGAGGGCAUAUUGCAUCUCUGUCCGAAAGCCAUGAUAGUCUUUGGGCUCCCCCCCAAACUUCUGCACCAAUCCUGGUACCUUUCUGGCGAGCUGGGUGGCUUUCCCCUUUUGUCUGCAUCCUGAGCCCUCCUCUCCUCAAGCCUCGCCGUCUGCAGCGCUAGCUGGACCUCCAACACCCGGUACCUUUCUUCCAGGCUUGGACCCGCUCCAGCUCCUGCUUCUCCGGUUCCGGCUGGGUUGCUCAUGAUGCCUUCUCCUGCACAAGCUGCUUUCAAAGACUGUCGGAAUGCUGUGAUGGGAUGAUGAGCUGCUUGUGCGUAAAAUAGUAUCCCCUCAGAGUUUGUUCAAGUCCACAAACCUCUGUCUGUGACGGAGCCCCUCAGACAUGGCUCCUCUAGUCACUAGCAGAUUCCGACAGUGGUUGCUUUCGGAAUCGCUUCCAACAUAAAAGCUCCUUAACGGAAACACGUCUUCUGGACUCUCUGCGUGACAGUUUCCGGCGAGGAGUGGGUGUUCCUACAGGAGGUCCUGAAACCUCUCCACUGUUUUCGCUGGAAGUGUCUCUGAGCCAUCCCUCCAGCUCACUUUCCCUCAGCUCCGCUCCUCUCCCCCUACUGGUUCCCUCUUCAGCUGCUGAGUCUCUCCCAACCUGUGUGAGCCCUUUCACCUCCCUUCCUUCCGAUGGCAGUUCCCUGACAAAUAGUAUAACCAAAUCAGUCAUUUUUUAUAUAAAUGUAUUAUUCUAAAAACGAAACCUUCCUCUGGUUGUAAAUAUUAAGAUUAUACCAGCAAGAAUGAGUCUUUUUGUAAAAAAGAAAAGAAAAAAAGAUUUAAAUCAAGUCUUACUGACUAAUGAUUUAAAUCGUGAUUUAAAUUGAUUUGAUUUAAAUCAAAUCCUCCCUGGUUGUGGGAGUAAUUUAUGGGUGCAUCUCCUCAGCGAUGCGCAUGCCACUCCAUUUUGUAAAUACUGUUGUUGUGGCUUUAUCGUUGCGUGUGCAUUCCGCAGAACGUAAGGGAGAGGCAGAAGCUGAAAGAGGGAAGAGGAAAAGUUUAACUGGGAACUCGUCUGCACUUUACAUUUAAAUUGGUAUGAUACCACUUGUGGGAAACCAAGGGUCAAGACUGUUUAAAGGGGCACGAUAAGGCUUCAAAUGUAUAGUGCAGGUGUGACCCAGAUAUUUGCUGUUUGUGGGAAGAGUGCAGAAGACCUCUCUUCCCCGCCCAGAAGAAAUAACUAUGCACUGACCCCUGUCCUUCCUUUACCUGAGUCCACUGUUAGACAGAAUGAAGCAGUCGCCUCAGGUGGUUGAUUCUGGAAGUUAUGAAAGGGCAGCAAAUUGUUCACUAUUUAAUUUAUUAUUACUGUAUUUUCACUGCCGGGGAGAAAUGGGAGAGACUUUUGUGGACUUUUCUGCUUGCGGUGCCAAAAUGUUUUGAUUGGCUUUGUGUGCCAUGCGCUUUGACUGGAAACAAGGCACCAUUCACUGCUUGGACUUGGGUUGCAAAAUAUUUUGGGUUGGUUCCAUCUGGGUCAGCUUCAGCCUAUAUUGGACUGUGGCUUGGCCUGAUGUGGGGAGUCUGGAGGACCUUAUUAGACCCAUGUGCGCAAGUUCCCUCUUGCUGAUUGAUGCUUUGCUGUCACUGACACCAGGUAUUGGACGACUGCAUGGAGCAGCUAUAAAAACAGAAAAAGACCAAGGGAUUCCUCAGCCUCCCAUCAUUGUGGUUUCCCUUUCAAUGCUGCCAUGUGCAGGACUGGAGAAUAAUGCAUAAUAGCCAAGCCUCUCUACCUUCAAAUCUCUGUGGUAGCAUACCAUACAGUGGUACCUCGGGUUACAGAUGCUUCAUGUUGCAGACGCUUCAGGCUACAGACUCCGCUAACCCAGAAAUAGUACCUCGGGUUAAGAACUUUGCUUCAGGAUGAGAACAGAAAUCGUGCUCCGGCGGCGCGGCGGCAGCAGGAGGCCCCAUUAGCUAAAAUGGUACCUCAGGUUAAGAAUAGUUUCAGGUUAAGAACAGACCUUUGGAACGAAUUAAGUUCUUAACCCGAGGUACCACUGUAUAUUGUUGCACUGCUUAGCUGACAUAUGGCAUUGAACAUGCAAUAAGAACAUAAGAGCCUGCAGGAUCAGGCCAGAGCCCAUGCAGCAUCCUGCUCUCACAGUAGCCAACCAGAUACCUAUGGGAAACCUGCAAGCAUCACCUGAGUACAAGGGCACUUUCCUCUCCUAUGGUUUCCAGCAACUGUUGUUUCAUUGAGUUUGUGACUCUUGAACUCAGGGUUUGGGUGAAAACCUGUUUUGAGGAGCAGUCCAAUCUGUCGCAAAGGCAAUAGAUUAUUUCAGACGCAUCCCAAGUUUGAGUCCUGAGGAGCCUCACGCCCAACCUCCUCUCCCUUUUCUCUCUUAAGGCUAUCCUGGUUUGCAGGCGUGUGAAACCAUGGUUUGCCUGUUUGGACAAAAACCAGGAAACUAUGAUUUGCAAGAAACCCAAAUAGGACGUGAUUAUCUCCAGACAUGAGGGGAGUGAGGGAAGCAAACACACUGGCCUAAUGCCCACUCAUGUGAUGUCCAAACUAUAUUUUGGCUUUAUGUCAGAACAGCCCCAGGGUUACUUAUCCUGUCUCAGUGAAGGUGAUGGGGAAACUGCCAGAAGUGCAUUUAUAAUAAUCUAGCUUUUAUGAACCAGGUUCAAAUGAGGGAGCGAGGGUGUAGGUUCAGUGAUCCCGUCCCACCCCACCACCCCCAAAUGGCCAAAAAAACAUGCACCCUCAUUCUUGUUUCAAACAGCUGUGUCCUCCUCAAAGCAAACAAAUCUAAUGACUUAGGAGGCUUCUAAUUAAAGCACUGAGCUUGCUUGACACAGCACACGUCUACCUACUUGGCAUGUUAUAUAUCACACACACACACUUGGUGUGACUUGGUGAGAAAAUGCCUUUCCCAGAGGAGGCUGACCAUCUGUUAGGCGCCAUUAGCCAAACUUACCUGCGUCUGCCAGGCAAGGGAUUGCCUCAGCACCUUGCUCCAUGAGCGUGAAAUGGGUGACGUGGCAAGAAAAAUGUGCGUCUGGGUGAGUAGGUGGGGAGAGAUACAAAUCAGUUGGGCAAGACAAAGAGCAAACAAAGGAGUGACUUCAUGUGAGCCUGCCGGGCCGGGGGGAGGGGGGGGGGAGAGCAGGAAAGGGAUAAAUGUUUCCCAAGCAUUGGACACACUAUUUUUCAGGAUUUGGGAGGGGGGAGAAAGGUCUACCCGGCAGUUCCUGGGCUUUAAUGCCCAGGCUGCUUGUUUGUUCUCUUGAUUCCAUUUAUGAGAACUUGUAUUUCUGUCAGAUUGUCUGUAAAUUUGGUUCUUUGCUAUUUUUAUUAUUUUUAUUUAUUGGGGGGGGGUCGGUAUGCAUAUUUUAAUGUUGUGUUGUGUACCACCUUAGGAGCCUUCAGGUUGAGAGGCGGAAUACAAAUUGAAACAAGAGAAUAAGUGGUUUAUACAUCUGGUCACCCAGUUCCAAAUCUAGCUGUCUUCCACCUGUUGAACUGGUGCAGUUAAAGCACCAGUUUUGAACAGUUUACUAUACCACUUCGUCUCUCAUCCCUGCCCCCCGCCCCAGCCGCAAGAAAAACCCACACCUCUAAUCAAGAUCAGGUUUUCAUUUAUAGUUAAACAGAAAGGAUGAGAGUGCCAGAAUUUGAACCCAUAGGAGGCAGAGAUGCGGCUAAGUGGUUUAACAAGUUGCCACCACAGCCCUGUUUAGCGUCAGUAUUCUUCCUUCCUACCUCCCUAUCCUGUUCCUUGUGUUUGUUCUGCUUAAGACAAACACGAAUUUGGAGGUGAGAUAACGCUCCAGGCAGCUGAGCAUUUCAUCCUGGCAAACAAGCUCCUCUCUCCGCUUCCCACACCCAGCUGUUCAUCUCCAAAGCUUUCGGAAAACUGGUGCAACUCCCAGCAAGACAGAGUCAGGGAAGCUCACUGGAGAACCGUGGGUCAUUCAUUGCCUCUCAGCCUAACCUACCUUGCAGAGCAAUGUUACAAACUCAGAUAGAUAAGCUAAUUCCCAAAUGCCACCUUAAACACUAAUUAAUGUCACUACAAGGGAAUGUUGAUAUGAUACGAUAUGAUACAAUAAUCUUUAUUGUCAUUGUCCCAUACAGAACAACGAAAUUGGAAAAAAAAAAUCUACAUAAGACAUUCAAAACCAACAAGCCUGCCAUCCCUAGAUAGUCAAGUCUAGUCUAGUCUAGUCUAGGCAACUCUCUCUCUUUUGCAAUGAAUUAUUAUUAAUUUAUUAUUAAUCAUUUCAUUUCUAUAUCGCUUUAUAUUUUAAAUAAAAAACCUCAAAGCAGUUUACAACACAUUCAGACAUCAAAUAAACCAAUCCGGAAUAAAAUUCAAGCUUCCAGGAAAAUAUUUCAGUUCCUUCUCUAAGUGACAUUUUGCCUUCCCCAUAUCUAUUUACCUACUUAAUUUAUAGAGCUGCCGCAUAGCAGGAGUACCCUAGGAAGGCAGUGUGGUGUAGUGGUUAGAUUGUCGGGCUAGGACAUGGGAGAUCAUGGUUCAAAUCCCCACUCAGGCUCACUGGGUGACCUUGGGCCAGUCACAGCCUCUUUACCAGGGUUGCUGUAGGGAUUAACUGAGGAGGGGGGUGAACCAACUACUCCUUGGAGAAAAAGGUGAGAGAUAAAUGCAAUAAAUAAGCUCUUCUGCUUACCUGCUUAAGAAAGUUUGGGGGGAACAGGCAGAUGGAGAUGUCAGCCACCAAGCUAUCAUCCAGAGAUCUCAACUUGGUCGCAGUUGGACCUGCGCCAGUCGCAAAACGUACCUGGCCCCUGGCUAAUUUCUAACACUGUUGUGGGGAUUAAACAAGGUGGGGAGAACGGUGAACCUUGAGUUCCUUGAAGGAGAAGGUGGGAUUUCAGGGUAAUAAAUACAUAAAUAAACUCCCAUUAUUCCUGACCUAUUUGCCAAUGCUGACUGGGACUGAUGGGAAUUGGACUCCAGUAGUAUCUGGAAGGCCGCAGGUUCCCCAUCCCUGAAUUAUCAGAUGUUCUUCAGUGUAUUUUGUUGUAAAAGGAGGAAUCAGAAGGAGGCCGCUUGCUUGAGGUGAGGCACAGCUUCUCAAGUGAAGUAGUUAGGUACCAGAAUGAAAGAUGAUGCAUGUUAAACAGGCAGCUCUUGGGAGAAAGAGAGUGUGGUUUCUGUAAUAAUAAUUUUCUUCUACCUACUAAGUUAAGACGGCUGAAUGUAUGAAGCUUUGCUUUCCGUGAAGCAAAUAAUAUUGCUUAACUAGGCCCAGGGCUUACUCAGGCUCCUGAAGGAACAUGAUAGGCAACGCUUGAUUUCAGCAGCUAAAUAUAAUUUUAUUGAUCGAUAUUUGCGCAUGCAAUGAGAAAUUUCUAUAUAAAACACAACCCAAUUGGCAACGACAUAAUAGCAAGGCUAUUGACAUCUUUGUGGGCUUGAUAGCUUUUCCAGUGUACGGAUCCCAGUGGAUACAGGGUUGUUGUUUUUUUUAGGGCAGAGGAUUGGAAAAGGGAAAAUAAAGCUGUUACUUUUGGGGGCCUAGAAUCUAAGCUUAUUAUUUCUGCCCAUCUGAGAUAAACGGCCUGCAAUCAUCAGCUAAAAUUUACAACCGUUGCAAUGGGUGCUUUUCAAGUAUUUUCCCCACCCUUUGCUAUGCUGGUCAUGUUUCACCUUGAAAAGUAUUGAGUGUGGCAGUGUCUAUUUUGAGGAUCAGCCUUCGCAGUCUCUCUUGGAGAAAAAAAUGUUGUGUUUUUGGUGGAGCUAGGUUUCGUAAGAGGCAACCUUCAAUGUACGUCACCCUUGUGACUAAGUUCACCCAGGUGGUGGUGUGGUGUGGAAAGCCAGUCUGAUACUGUGGUUAAGAGCAAGCAUAGGCAAACUCGGCCCUCCGGAUGUUUUGGGACUACAACUCCCAUCAUCCCUAGCUAACAGGACCAGAAGUCAGGGAUGAUGGGAGUUGUAGUCCCAAAACAUCUGGAGGGCUGAGUUUGCCUAUGCCUGGUUAAGAGUGUCAAAUCAUGACCAUGAGACCUAGGUUCAAAUCCCAACUCGGGUGUGAUAGACUGGUUGGAUGCGGAGGAGUGGUGGGGGGCAACAGUUGGGGAACCCCAAGGGAAGAAGACUCAGAGCCUGGGGAGUGGUGGUGGGACAACGAUUAGUGGGCAGAUGGAGAAGAGGGAGCAGACUGGGAAGAGGAGGUGUCAGAGGCUGAAGAGAUAACAGGACUUAGUGAGCAGGAAGAGGCUGUGACAGAGAGCAGUCCAGAAUCAGAGGCAGAAGCAGAGGAUGGAGAUAAGGCAGGCCAAGAGCCAGAGCUGGUGAGGAAUCACAGGUCUCUCCCUCUCCUGCUGCAACUAGCUCCCUCCCUUCCCCCUUGGUCUCCCAGAACCAAAAGAGGCAUGGAAAGGGUUGAGAAGUUAGCUUCACACAGGCACAGUUUCAGAUUGCAUGGGGAAAACCCUGGAGAAGAGGGGACUUAGGCAGCUGUGGGGAGGCAGGGGCCUGCAGUCUCCUCAACUGCUUCAUGGGGGCAAGACCGAACCCAGAUGAGUUGUUGUUCUCAUUAGGCCUGGCACUCCUGUGCAGACCCUGUUUUUUGCUAAUAAAGAGUCAACUCCAACUUGCUCAGUGUGAUUUACUGGUGGCUGGCUCCUGUCAUCAGACGUGGAGCUCACUGGGUGACCUUGGGCCGAUCAUUUUCUCAGCCUAACCUACCUCACUGGGGGGUUGUGAGGAUGACACGAGCUCCUCUGAUGAAGGGCUGGAUAACUGUGUAAUCAGUAAAGAUAACUAAAAGGACAAGGCCAAAAGGAAAGGGGAUAAGGCGCAGGAGAGGCACAGAUUUUAAGGAGGGACUAUAACUCAAGAGGACUGAGCAGAGACAGGUUUUCCAUGUGGAAGAUAGAUGGCAUCUCCAGUUUAAAAGGAUCAAGUCAAAAGUCUAUCUUUGCCUUGAGAGUUCUGGCCUGUCAGAGAUAGCCCUAUUGCACUAGAUGGACUUAUAUAAACAUUUUAACCCCACUUUUCAGCUGACAAAGGGCUCCCAAAGUGCCUUUCAAAUAUCUCUAUUAAAUCAGCUCCUGCCCCCAGACUUGCAGUUUAAAAGACACGACACAAGAGGAAAAGGGAUUGGGCAGGAGGAGGGGGUGAAAGCGAGCUCAGGCAUUAUAUCUUAUUUACAGAGUGCUUGUAAAGACCAGCAGCAAUGGAAAACUGUUCAAGGAGGGAAGGAGGCAAAAACUGUUCUUCUUUCAGCUGAGCUGAUGGAGUGGCCCUGCUUCCCGUCUCUUUCUGCUCUAUAAUAAUCAUAAUCAUUUAUUUAUACCCCGCCCGUCUGGCUGGGUUUCCCCAGCCACUCUGUUUGGAUCUGAGAGGUUGGUGUGGGACUGUUGAGUUGAGGAGCAGUUUGCCAUUCGUAGCCUCUUCUUCCUGCCCACGGCUAGCAGAAUUAGUGACCUGGCUUUGACUGUUGUAGGCAUGUCUGCAUAAUACGUUCGGGCCAAUUGCCUUGGUGUUUGUGUCCAGGUGUGUGUUCAUGCUGCGUUCUCCCCUCUCCUCCACAGGUAACAUGGUUGAGUGGUGUUUGCCGCAAGACAUUGACCUGGAAGGCGUCGAGUUCAAAUCCAUGGCCAGCGGGUCCCAUAAAGUUCAGUCGGAUUUCAUGUGAGUGUACAAAACGUCCCCAGGGUCCUGCUUGCGCUGUUCAAUUGUGCGUGUCCUUCCAUUGUCCAGAAAGCACACGACACAGACUGCCCCUGAUGAAAUGGACGAGGCGGUUACCAUUGUAAACUAACAGGGUAUAUUCGUUAUAUAGUCAUUUAUUUGUUGAAUUUAUACCCCGCCCUUACUCCCCUGUUUGAGUGCAUAUUGCAAGGGCUUUUGGGCGACGGGGUGGGGGGGUGGGGAAGGUUUGCCCUGUGCACAGAUAUACCCUUCACCCCCACCAGUGCCCUGGUUGAUGCAGAUGGAGUUACCCGUUGGAGGCAGCCCUUUAGUUGUGAGCAGAGCCAGAGCUGAUGAUGGGGAGAGCCCAGAGACUAAACGUUCUGGAUUAACUAGCCCAGCAUAAAGACUGCCCUCCUUCAACUCUCAUCAUGGUGCUCUCAAAUUAGAACCCUUAUGGUUUUGAUCUAUGGGCUACUUUUAAAAUGAGGAUGCAUUUUAAAUUGCAUUUUAACCUGUAUUUUAAAUUGUUUCCCCCACCCCCUAGUAUGUUCUUACUGUAAUUUUACCGGUGUUAUCUGCCCUGAGCCCGGCUCUGUCCGGGGAGGGCAGGGUAUAAAUAAUAAUAAAUAAUAAUAAUAAUUUCCUAGUCCUGGGCAGGUCUACUCUGAAGUAAGGCCAACUUGGUUUCGUGGAGUAACUCUCGGAGAACUAGGCAGAGAGAUUUUCUUUUAGCACAACAGACCAAUCCAGCUGCUGUUCUGGAAAGCAAGCAAAUGCGAUUUGCGUCCAAAUUCAGUGCGUCUUUAGCACACACACAUGCGUAUCUGGAAAAAUCAUAGAAUUGUAGAGUUGGGAGAAACUCUGAGGGUUAUCUAGUCGAACCCCCUGCAAUCCAGGAAGUACCAUGUCUCCAUCCUGCUUUCCCUGCAUGCCUCCCCCACCCAAUUUGCCUAUUUAUUCGCAUUCCAUCUUCCUUUCCAGUUACUUCCGGAAAGGCCUUUGCUUCGGCUUGGCCUGUUUUGCCAACAUGCCUGUGGAGAGCGAGUUAGAGCGUGGCGCUCGGAUGAAGUCCGUGGGGAUUCUUUCUCCUUCCUACACCCUGCUGUAUAGAUACAUGCACUUCCUGGAGAACCAGGUCAGGUACGUUAUUAGAAAAAAAAGGGAGAAUGGGAGGGAGGUUGUUACUGGACCAUAAAGUGGUUCGGGAGAAAUGUUUAGUUCGUGCUGGAAUGCCGUGGUGGCUUUUCUGGGAUGGUUUCAGAUGUGACUUGGAUGACCCGCUUUGCCAAGUCAUUUUCCAGCGGGGACGCGUAGAAGUCAGAUCACCUCUGUUGUCUUUUAGGCACUUGUUGAAGACUCUUCUCUUUCUAACAAGCCUCCCAAGUGAAUGUUGUUGGUAUAUGUACUGAACAUGAAACAAAUUACAGUGGUACCUCGGGUUAACUACUUAAUUCGUUCCGGAGGUCCGUUCUUAACCUGAAACUGUUCUUAACCUGAAGCACCACUUUAGCUAAUGGGGCCUCCAGCUGCUGCCGUGCCACCGGAGCACGAUUUCUGUUCUCAUCCUGAAGCAAAGUUCUUAACCUGAAGCACUAUUUCUGGUUAGCGGAGUCUGUAACCUGAAGCGUAUGUAACCUGAGGUACCACUGUAUAUAUAUGUAAUUGGAGUUUUAAUGGUGUUAUGCACAAUGCCUUUUUUGCUUUUAUAAAUGCAGUCGUUUUGACUGUUUUUAUGUUUGCGAUUGUUUGCAACGCGCUCUUGUUUCAUUGCAAACCACCACAAUGUGCCUCGUAGGAAGCAAUUCGUAAGUGAAAUACAUAACGGCACUGAAAAGACGCAUGCAUGGAGGCUGGAUGCUACUGUUUAGGCCACCAGGUGCUUAAGCUUGGAAGCUGGCCUGCACCAGGAGCCAUGUGGGAGGGUGCUGUUUCACUCAGGUCCUGCCUUUUUGGCUUCCCGUAGGCAUCUGGUUGCUCCCUGUGAGAACAGCAGGUUCUUCCUGUGUUCUUAUAGGAAAGGAAUCAUGUGACCACCAAAGAGGGACCAGCAAGAGGGACCAGCAGGUGCCACUAAUGCAAAACUGUUAGCGUUGGCUUGUGAAUGGAGGGUUGUUCUCUGGUUUCCCUUUGUGACUUGCUUUUCUGCUUGCCUUACAGACAUCAGCUGGAGAUGCCAGGGCAUUACUCUCACCUGGAGGCGUUUUAUGACGACAAGAAAGGGGUCCUCCCUGCUGGCACUCUUGUUUCCCAGCAAACCGUCCACUGGCUGCCUUCCAUCCACAGAUACAUGUACCCAGAGAUGAAGGUGAGAAAUAGGCUGCGGUUAUUGAGCUUCGCAUGAAGGCAGAGCGUGCCAAUGAUCCACACUGGUCAGAUGCCACGAAGUAGCUUUAGCUAGCGGCUAAGAUGGAUCUCUGGAGGCCUCUUGCAUUCUGUGACAGUAGGGCAUCAAACUUAUUUUUUUGCAAAUUUCUUCAUUGUGAGGGGCCUUUAAAAAUGUUUUUGGAUGUUAGUAAUUCAAAACUGACAUUAUGUUUGUGACUGGGCACAUUUAGCUUGGUUAGUCUUAUGUUUGUUGAAGAAGCACGUAAACUGCUUUUGGAAAACCGAAUAAUUUUAGUUUUGCCUUAUGAAGAUGUCAUGUACUGCUAAAUAAAUAAUAAUAAUUAUUAAUAUAUACAACUGUAAGUACUUGGCAAUCAUUUUUUAAUGAUUUCUCUGCAAUUUUGCACAUAUUUUACUUACUAAGCAAAACCAAAUUAUAUUAAUUUAACCAAAAUAUCUUGAAUUCCUAAGUUAGGUUACAACUUUUUAGCAGCUCUCAUUUUGGAAUUUGGAAAGUUGGGAAAUUCAGUGCACUCUAUCACCCAGUUUACUUCUCUAAUGCACAACGAGGAGUAGAGCAGGUGUUCUACAGAAAAGUGUUUUUAUUUGUUUGUUUGUUCCAUUUUUAUCCACCUCCAUCUCCUCCUCCAAAGAGUUCAGGGCGACGUACAUGAAUCUUCCCCAUCUUCCGCAAUGUACCCUAACAACCUUGUGUGUUAGGAUAAGCUGAGAGAGAGGGUGUUGGCCCAAGGUUGCAAAGUGAGUUGUGUGGUUCAUUGCUUCUGUUUGCCUGAAAGGAUAGAAGUUUCUGGACAUUCGAAGCUCCAGGGUACUUCUCCUCCCCUUUCUCGGAUCUGUUGUUUGUUUUUAGCAGUCAUCACCUCAGCAGCAAAAAUGGGAGCCAUCUUGUUUCUGUUUCGCUGCUAACUCCCUGCUCUGUUUUUUUAUCUGGCUGCAGAUCACGCACCCUGCAGGCUGCAUGUCUCAGUUCAUUAAGUUCUUUGGCGAGCAGAUCCUGACUCUCUGGAAGUUCGCCUUGCUUCGGAAACGCAUUUUGAUAUUUUCCCCGCCUCCUGUCGGGGUGGUCUGCUAUAGAGGUACGUAGAAAAUGGGAGAUUUGGUCCGUGUUAUCAAAUCACGCACGGUGAAAGUUUCUCCCCUCUGCUGUUUGUUUGCUUGAAAUGUUUCUUUCUAAAUGCCCUGCACCAACAGAUUCCAAAGUGGUGCAUGAAACUGUGAAUAAAACGUAAUCCACACAAGAUAAUUGCUGCUGGUUUGAGACAGCAAACGCAAAACCACAAAAUGCAGCGAGAGAAAAGAAAUGCCUGCAGCCAGAACAAAACAGGGGCUGCAUUUCAAACAAUCUGAAUGCUAAUCCGCAGGUUGUCACAUCUGACAACCUAUUCACCCCUCUGGUUUCAGAUAGUACAUGGUAGGCCAGGACACAAAUUUCCACCGCCUUCUAGAGGCUAUGCUGACUCAUUUACCCAGAGCAAAAGCCUCCUGAGAGGCUUAGUUUGGUCAGAACAGAAUAUGUAAUUCCAGAGUUAACAAUAAAUACAUUUGUUGUUGUUUAGUCGUGUCUGAUUCUUCGUGACCCCAUGGACCAGAGCACGCCAGGCACUCCUGUCUUCCACUGCCUCCCGCAGUUUGGUCAGACUCAUGUUUGUAGCUUCGAGAACACUGUCCAACCAUCUCGUCCUCUGUCGUCCCCUUCUCCUUGUGCCCUCCAUCUUUCCCAACAUCAGGGUCUUUUCCAGGGAGUCUUCUCUUCUCAUGAGGUGGCCAAAGUAUUGGGGCCUCAGCUUCACGAUCUGUCCUUCCAGUGAGCACUCAGGGCUGAUUUCCUUAAGAAUGGAUACGUUUGAUCUUCUUGCAGUCCAUGAGACUCUCAAGAGUCUCCUCCAGCACCAUAAUUCAAAAGCAUCAAUGGUCAGGGGUCCCUUUACCUUUAUGUGUGUGUGUGUGUGUGUGUGUGUGUGUGUGUACACACACACACAUAUACAUUGCUACUAAAAUAAAUACAUUACUAUUGGUAAAUGAGUUGCCACAGCUGCUAGAGGGCCAUGAAAAUUUGUGUCCUGGGCUUUUUAGACUUGUCUACUCAUGUGCUAUCUGAAACCAUUGGUUGCCAGAUGUGAAUUUUUUUCCAGCUCUCCUAACCCUAGUUAGGGCUUUUUUACGUUUUACAGUGCAACCCUUUGCCUACUCAGCAGUAAGUAGCAUUGAAUUCAGUGGGACUUAUUGCCAGGUAAGUGGGUAUAAGAUUGUCACCUUACUGUGACACCUCUUUGUUGAGUUUUGCACAUAAUGGACAGGGAGGAACCAAGCACAUGUUCUGUGCUCCGUAGGUGAGAAAGUAGAGCUGUUCAUUAAUCAUAUAAAUCUUAGCUGAGUCCUUGAUUUUAGUUGGUACACUGUGUCUUGUGGAAAGGAUCUUCUUACCGAUAACUCAUAAAUUGUUUCAUAUAAAGAACUCUCCUGUUUUAAAAACCAACAAGAGUUUUUUUAAAAAAAUAAAAGAUUUGAUGAUAAGACAAAAAUAGCAUUUGGAUUUUUUUGUGUCUAUUUGCUCAUGAGGGCAGCUGUUUCAGAAACAAUGAGUGCCUCCACAUGACUGUUUGUUUACAGACUUGGUGUUGCUUGUGCAUGCAAGGUUUGCAUCCGCACAACAUUGUACUCAUCAAAAUGCCAUAUAUAUAUAGAGAGAGAGAGAGAGAGAUAGGGACACGGGUGGCGCUGUGGGUUAAACCACAGAACCUAGGACUUGCCGAUCAGAAGGUCGGCGCUUCAAAUCCCCAGACGAGGUGAGCUCCCGUUGCUCGGUCCCUGCUCCUGCCAACCUAGCAGUUCAAAAGCACGUCAAAGUGCAUGUAGAUCAAUAGGUACCACUCUGGCAGGAAGGUAAACGGCGUUUCCGUGUGUUGUUCUGGUUCGCCAGAAGCGGCUUAGUCAUGCUGGUCACAUGACCUGGAAGCUGUACGCCGGCUCCCUCGGCCAAUAAAGCGAGAUGAGUGCCGCAACCCCAGAGUCGGCCAUGACUGAGCCUAAUGGUCAGGGGUCCCUUUACCUUUACCUGUGUGUGUGUGUGUGUGUGUGUGUGUGUGUGUGUGUAUAUACACACACACACACACAAACACCCCAAAGUUUUAAUCCAGUUGUACAGUUUCUACCAAAAAUCCAGUGUGUUACAAAUAAAUAAAAAGGAAACGGUGAAUCUGUAUUAAAGACAAGGGAGCAGGGAUAUGGGGUAGCAUUUUGACGAAGACAAUGCCAUGUAGACGCACUGCCUUCUCUCUGCCCUUGUCUGCAGUUUAUUGCUGCUGCUGCCUUGCCAAUGUCUCCUUGCCUGGAAUCGGUGGGACUGUUCCUGAGUCCAAGCCUUUCUUCUACGUCAACGUGGCUGACAUUGAAAUGCUGGAGACGGAAGUGUCGUAUGUGGCCUGUAAGUAUGAAGCAUCCCAUGCAAGGGGGCGGGGACAGUCCUCCAGGCCUCUCUAGCCGCGCCCUCACUACUCUUCCUGAGGCCACGCCCCUUCCUGGCCCUGCUCUGCACCCUCCAGUACCGUUUUGCCUGGCUGGAACAGGCACCUUAACUGUGACAUUGAGUCUUGCUUGCCAGGAUGAAUGAUGGAAAGAAGAGCGUGCAUGCAUAGGACCCUCUGGCUUUUGUGUGCUUGAAAGGUAGUGUGUUGUACAACAGUAGUAAGACCCACACCCAUUACUCCACCCACUUUUCCUUCUGGCCCUGCCAACCAUUGGAAUGUGGCCCCCAGAAGAUUUCCCAUGAUGCAGUGCAGCCGAGGCCGAAAAAGGUUCCUCACACCUUUUCUAUAGGCACAUGUUUGUUUGCUUGCUUGCUUUGUCACCCCGAGAUUCUCCAGCUCUGCUUGUGCAAGGGUUUGGGCUGAAGUCAAGAAGAAACUGUUACAUACAGUAUUAUUAUUAAUAAUAAUAAUUAAUAGUUAAUGCUAUAUUCUUCAUCUGUAGAUCUCAGGGCAGUUCACAACACAAAAUUACAAAAUUUAAAAUACAAAAAUUGUAAUAAAAGUAAGAACAAUAACAAACCAAGAAUCCCCCCUCCCACAACACAUUUAAAAUCAAUGUCAAUCAGCCAAAGGCUUGGUUGAAGAGGAAUGUUUUCACCUGGCACCUAAGGUGUACAGUGGUACCUCGAGUUAAGAACGUAAUUCGUUCUGGACAUCCGUUCUUAACCUGAAACUGUUCUUAACCUGAGGUACCAUUUUAGCUAAUGGGGCCUCCCGUUGCCACUGCGCAAUUUCUGUUCUCAUCCUGAAGCAAAGUUAUUAACCUGAGGUACUGUUUCUGGGUUAGUGGAGUCUGUAACCUGAAGCGUUUGUAACCCGAGGUACCACUGUAUAAUGAAGGUUCCAGCCGAACCUCCCGGGGGGAGCAUUCCAUCAAUGGGGAGCCACUGCAGAGAAGGCCUGUUCUCAUGUUACCACCCUCCACCCCCCUCGUGGAGCCUUGCCUUAACAGUGGGUACCUAAGGGAUCAUGGGCAGCAUUUUCUAGGACUGUGCUGUUUCAUUGUGUGUGUAGGAGGCUGCAUGUGGGGAUACUUUGUGGCAGAGUGGCAUACAAAUAAACUGAUGGUUAUGAAUACCGAUUUCACUAACGUAGACUGGGCCCAACCCGUUCUCUUCGUCUGUUUCCUGCAGGCACAACGGAGAAAAUCUUUGAGGAGAAGCGGGAUCUGUACGACGUCUACGUGGAUAACCAGAAUGUGAAGACCCACCACGAGCAUCUGCAGCCGCUCCUGAAAAUUAACAGCGCCGACAAAGAAAAGUACCGGAGGCUUAAUGAUCAGAGGUAGCAGCAGCAGAAGCUUUCCCUGGUGAAUUCUCCCCAUGGCUUGAGUGUGGGGACAUUGUUUCCGGAUUCUUCCCAACUUCUGAGCACUUCAUCUGGACCCCAGAGCAUAUGUAGCCUUGGAGGUCUCUGGAAUGACUGGUCUUAAGACCAGAAACGUGAAAAUUAAUUAUAAAAAAACAAAUUAGUGUGCUUUUCUGAACUUAGACUUCCCUAGCUGUAGACGUUCACCAAAUACUCAUCUGUUUGCUGUAGUUUAGUGAUGAAGAACCUUCAUCAGCCUGAGGGCCAAAUUUCCUCAUGCACAACCUUCAGGGUAACGCAGGUAAUGGGCUAGAGGUAAAAGUGGGUGGAGUCACAGGUGUGACUCUUACCUCGAUACAGUAAAAGCUAGAGAUACCCACACUCGUAUCUCCAUCCUCCACCCAGAGAAGAAUACUCAAGGAGGGUCCAGAGGAGGGUCACUGAGGGGUGUAGCCUGGGAAUAGGGGGUGUGGUCCUGGAAGAGUCCUGAACACCAGGCAGAGAGGCCCAGAGGGCUGCAUUUUGCACCCAGGCCUAAGGUCCCCCACUUCUGCUGUGUGGCCUUGGUCAUCUUGGGGCAAGUUGGGAUAUAGGGAAAGAGAUGGUUGGUCCCCUAGAUAUACAAGGCUCACAAGCUCUUCAGAUCUUUGUAGAUCAAUGGCAUCACUUGGAAUUGCCUUUGGAAGUCUCUAGAGGAGUCAUUCGAGAGGCAGCAGUUUUGAUGUGACAGUUGUGUUUCUCUGUCAUUCAGACAGAUGCUGAUGUACUCCCAGGAAGUGGACGGAGACUGCAGUUCUUGUGAAGAGGACCUUUUUAUCCUGUGAGUUGUUCAUGUGGGAUUCUUCAGAGCAGGGGUGGGCAGUAGCUGGCACGGGAUUUACUGGUAGUGAUACAUGGGAGAUGUGUGGCAGAUCACCAAUAGUUUGGGGCUCCCAGUUGUUUAGCAAUAGUGGCAACAAAAGGGCAGCAGCACCCAGUUUUCCCCCAAGCCAUACUGUUUUUUUGUGGGUGGGAGGACUGUGAGGUCUAUUGAAUUCUGGAACUCAAAACAAAAUUCCGAGGCUCAAAAUCCUCUCAUUCUGUUUUUGCAGUACAUUCCUGUUGGUGGUUCUGGCAGUCCUAGUAAAAAAUAGAGCCUGAAGGUCUGCGUAUCCCUACUUUUUUCAUUUUUUCCAUUAUUUUUUUAAAAGUAAGAUUCUAUUAAAACUUCUCCUAAUACAUUGCAAUAAAAAACCCCACGAAUCUAAACCAAAACAAAGAGAAAAGAAGGCUGACGUAGUGUAUCAAAGAGGGGUGCUGGAUCUGCUUUGGGCUUCACACAUCUCCAUUUUGCAUUAUCUCUGAAGGUUCUUCAUGGAGCAGAACAACCGGAUAUUCCAGACGCUGAUGGAGGUGUCAGCCAGCCAGGACAAGACCUUGACAGCUGACCACGCCCGAGGAAUGGGCUUGGACCCCCAAGGCGACCGUAGCUUCCUCAUGGACCUACUGGAAGUCUAUGGCAUCGAUGUCAUGCUGGUCAUUGAUAACCCUUGUUGUACAUAAAGCAGAGAGCGGUGGCGGCAGAGCAGGAGACAGAGAACACAACAAGUGCGAGAGGACGGCAGCCACUUGUUGCCAAGACUACUGGAAGCACCAGGGCAGCUUUGCGGGAACUCACCACAGCUUGAAUCGUGAAGGAUUGCCUUUUAUUUAUGAGAACCCUCUACAGAAAGUGUUAUUUAUAUUCACACACACACACUUACACACUUUUAACCAUUGCUCUUGGAGAUAACUUAAGUUGUGGCUUCUCUCUUCCAGGACAGACUGCGCAGUCAUACUGCCCCUCAUUGUGCUCUGUAAAACUGAUAGUCUGCUUCCUUCCCUUCCUCCCUGCCUGCUCUUAAACAACCCAGCACAUGCUGCUGUAAGAGCCUAAAUUUGGGUGGGUGGGGAAAGCACUUUACUCUCUUGGGGACCAAUGUGAUUUUUUUUUUAAAAAAAAUAACACUGCUUUGAGCCUUCGUGAUUUGCGUAGUUGACCUCCCCCAUCAGAUUUCCUUCUCAUAGCGUACACAGUCCUAUCCCAGUGGUCCUCCAGGUGUUGCCUGAUUCUCAUCCUCCAUCGCUCCCUGACCAUUGGGCCAUUGCCGGCUGCAGUACAGCCUUACCGGGAGGGCCCCAGCCAAUGAGCCGCUUUAUGCAAAAGAUACUUGAAUUCUACCUGUAUGUUGUGAAAGGGUUAGGCUUUCGUUGGGACAGGUUUUAGGGGGUCAACAUUUUCUCCCGUGUCCAGUCAUUCAAAAGGAAAAGUCCUUUCCUUCCCUUGACUGAACGAUAGGAACGAUCUGUUGUUAUUGCUUUUUUGACCAGCUUUGUUUAGAAGAUCCCACUUGUGAGGAAUAUCCUCUUGCUAGUCCCUGCUGAGUCACGGCAUUUGCCUCCUUGUUCAAAGUCUAGGUCCAACACCAAGUGACCCCUCUCUCUGCCCCCGCCAUCUGCAAGCCAGAGCAAGCCGGCUAUGGCGUUCGUAUGGAGCCCCCGGUCGUCUCACGAACUAUUGACCCGUACACCACUAAUCUGCUGCCACCAACCAGGUUCUCCCCGGUAAAUCACUUAGUCUCAGUCGGGUUCUCAAGUUAACAACAAAGAUUGUAAUUUAUUGCAAACACACAUAAACUUUAAAUGCAUUCAAAACACUGUUACCCUUUACCCUCUUAGUCUUAUUUUAUCCUAUCUCUAACUCUUCUACCUCCCCUCACACAAGAACCAACUGCACUAACAGUCUCUCUAUUUCCAUCUGUCUUCCAACUGCUUUCCCAACUGUCUAAACCUCUGGCUAAGCCUUUUAAAAACAGGUAGGCUCCGCCUCUGGCUUUUCUAUUGGUCUGCCUAUUAACCCUUUCUCUCCCCCUGUACAGACAUUUCCAAAAGAACGGUUAAAUGCCACACUGACCUUGUCCCUUACUCUCAGAUGUGCUUUGCAGAAUCUGCCGGCACAGUGCACUUUAGCAGUGCACAUCUCAGCCUUAGUCUGGAUUAUGUCUGCUUGACUUUGAUCCCCGUUUACUUUUAAAAUAUUAUUUAAUUUCCUGUCUAUCUUGAUAUAUGUACAUUCUCCUCGUGCCACAGCAUGGGAGGUGGCCCCGCCUGCACGAAGCAAUUUGUGUGCUUUCUUUCGCAUACCUGAGUCGCAAUCUCCAUUGUGAAGGCCCUCCAUGAAUCUUAAUGGGAGCGUUGGUGGUGUGAUUUUAUAGUGAAGAGGUAGUUGAAAGCAGUGAGAGCUGGCGGUAAAUAUCUCCGGACAGUUCUGCUGCACUACAGUGAGGGGCUUGGCCGUAUCUUUGAGGAGAAGUAGGUAAUAGUGACCUCAUUGCAUGUCGACUCAGGGCUUCGCUUGCAGGAGGAACUGGACUUGUGUAUGGCAGCUGGUUGGCUGCCCUCACUCCCAAUGCAGUACGUGAGUGCGGAACUUCUCAGAGCCGCAAGUUUGCAUUGUUCAACACAGACUUUUGGGCUUAGAAUUUAGUUUGACUUGUGCCAGGGCUCACACGCAGUAACUUGCGCCGAUUCAGGAUCUGUUGCUUUGUGGCAUAUUUGUACUUCACUUUCUCUUCAAGGGCAGCCACAGCUCUGCAUGUAAACACUGCAGAGAGCUUAGCUCACGGUGUCCUCUCAAUGUUGCCAGACUACAACCCCCAGCAGACUCAGCCAGCAUGGCGAGGGAUGAUGAGAGUUGUAGUUCCACCAACACCUGGAGCUACAUCCAUGUUGGCUUAGCCCAUUUCUUCAGCUGGUAGCUGAUGGCUGGUUUGACCUCAUUGCUUUGAACCCACUGCCUCUGAUCAUAUGCUAGGGAUAUAGGCAACCGUGGGGGCUGCACCCGAUUUUUGAGACGCAGCCAUAGCUUUUUAGCCACCAUGCACAUGAGGACAGCAGGAUGGCUGAGGGACAUGACUAAAGAACCACCCUUUUGAAACAGGCUGCUCAUGUCUAUUGGAGAUUUAAAACGGGUGGACAAGCUGUAGUCCUCCAGCUAUUUUUGAACAGCUCCCAACAGCUCCAGCCAGCAUGGCCAAUGAUCAAAGAUCAUGAGAGUCGCAGCCUAGCAACAUCUGGAGAGCUUUGAGUUCCCCCUUCCUGGUUUGGAGAGCACUUUGUUGGGCAGUGGGUGGAACAGGCCGAGACAUUGCUGCUAUCCCCGAAGCCCUCGCUAUAAAUGGAAAACGCAGCAGGAGUUAGUUGCUAACCACUGUUCUCAUGCUGCCUCCACAGGCUCUUGAGACUUAACUCGAGCUCUAUUGCUCUCACUGAAUAAUUUCAGCUCUUCUGCCUGGAGAGCCACUAUUCGCAGGUGGCAGAAAAAGCUAGAUUUAACUAGAGGAAGAAAUAUACAGUACGUUUGAGCCAUCCCCGGUUCCUAUUUCUUUGGCCUAGUCAUAGCUUAUACUGUAUCAACCACUACCUUUUCAAGUAUUCUCUGUGCUGCCUUGGUUUUUAGACCUUCUCUUGGACUUUUAGUGUUCUGCACUCUUUGUGUGGAAUACUUAAUGGAGUUGUUUAUUAUUAUUAUUAUUAUUAUUAUUAUUAUUAUUGACAACACAUCCCAUAUAUUAUGACUAGGGUGGAUGCAAUGGAAGAAUCCUUUUGUGAGCCGCAAUAGUGAUGGCAUUCAUCUUUUUCUGUAGAGAAGACACAUUCCUUCUAGGUUUUAACCCAUGUAUGCAGAAUCUUUAGCCCUCCAGGUGUUGUUGAACUACAUCAUCCUUGGCUGGCACUGAUGGGAGUCCCAGUAAUAUUUGGAGGGCAGCAGAUUCCCUGCCUCUGUCUUAACCCUUUCCUCCUACCUCAUAUUUAGCUGUUUUGUAGGGAGGAGUCUUCCUGCAUUGGGGCUUAAGUAACUUUAUUUUACAUAGUGAAAGAUAAUAAUUGCUCAGCAUGUGACUCCAAGCUGCCAGUUUCUCCGUUCGCUCCCCUUGAUAUCCGUUGUGGUGGUCCUGAUUUGUGCGCAAACCAAGCCUUUGAAUUUGGGGUCUUUGCCUAAGUUUUGCUUCUUUUCCCAAACUGCUAAACUGCAGCAGGACAGUGACUGAUAGAACAUUAUGUUUGUAGUUGAGUACGUAGAUCCAGGGAUGCGGGUGGCGCUGUGGGUUAAACCACAGAGCCUAGGACUUGCUGAUCAGAAGGUUGGUGGUUCGAAUCCCCAUAACGGGGUGAGCUCCCAUUGCUUGGUCCCUGCUCCUGCCAACCUAGCAGUUUGAAAGCACCUCAAAGUGCAAGUAGAUAAAUAGGUACUGCUCCAGCGGGAAGGUAAACGGCGUUUCCGUGUGCUGCUCUGGUUCGCCAGAAGCGGCUUAGUCAUGCUGGCCACAUGACCUGGAAGCUGUAUGCUGGCUCCCUCGGCCAAUAAAGCGAGAUGAGCGCCGCAACCCCAGAGUCGGCCACGACUGGACCAAAUGGUCAGGGUUCCCUUUACCUUUACCUUUUACGUAGAUCCAGAGUCAGGGUCAAUAGUUUGUGCAUGGAAAGGAGAAGAGGCAGCAGAGCUCAGCUGUCCACUCCAGAAGUUCUAUUUUAUAUGUGUAUGGGGUUCAUAAAUCUGUUCACUUGCUGUGCACCUAUGGAACACGACGUACCUACCACAGGUUAAACUUUUUGGUCACCUAGUCUGAAACGCAGAAAAAGCCUUUCAUGCCUGUUUGCGGUCAUGCUAGGAAAAACCCUCACUGCUUAAUUUGUGCAUGGCAGCAGGCUGCUUUCUAAAGACACAGGAACAAGACCAGGAAAAUAAAAGAAACGCUGGCAAUUUGAAGGAGCAGGAACUGUUAAUGAAGUGCUACACACCACUUACAGGAUCCCCUUCCCUGGUUCAUUUGUUUUGCUGUCAAAUGGUGGGUGUUUUAAGAGAACCUUUCCUAUCUUAACGGAGCAAUCCUGGGGAAGGUAUUUUUUGGGGGGAGGGGGGAUUCUUCAUAGGGGGAAAAAGAGGGGGGGGAAAGUUCCCAAGCUCUGCUGCCUUGGGCCAGCUAGGGUGGGAGAGGGAAAUAGCUUUCUCUCUAAAAGAUCUGUUGCCCUGGUUUUCAAAUCCGAAAAACUCUGCAGCUUCCAAUUUGCAAAAUAAAUAAAUAAACCACAGCCUCCCCCACUUAGGCAGGAGGAAGGCAAUUAAUUCUUCUACCACUUUCUUCCCAGGCAACAGAAUUAAGAUUAUUGUUCAUAGCAGGAAACGCAUUGAAGCAGGAACAGAGUGGAUUCUUAAAAGGAAAAUGCAGAGGAAAAACGUGCAAGACAAGGUCAGAAUAUUGACCCAGGAUCUUACUUGGAAAGAUCUUUGUUGCUUCUUUCUGUGCUAGGUGUAGAGAGAACGCUGCAUCCCUCCACCACCAACCCUGCUCACUUUGCUGCAUGCCACACCUUGUCACGUAAUGGCUAUCAGGCUAGUGCUUAAAUGCAAGGCUGGAUAUUCCACUUCCCCAGCUCCUAUUUUGUAUCUGGAUCAGGUUUGUGCAUCUCAGGGGCUCCUGGAAACCUGAAGUCUGCCCAGGGUUGCUGUAAAUUGCACAGUUAAAAUAGCCUCUUUGCUUGUUUUGCAUAAUUUAGUUUGCUUUUGCUAGGCAGGGGCAAAGAGGCAUGUGCAGCAAAGUUGCCCUGCCUGCUGGCCAGCCUAUGUUAUUUCCUUCCACCUUGACUUCUGAAAUUUCAUCAAGCUGUGCUCACAGCCUGUCUUUGUAACUUUCAGGGCUAGGCAACCCUAUAAAACAUGACUCCCGAUUUCCUAAAAACAUCAUUUUAAGGCCCAUUUGCCCCGCCAUGACUGGGUAAUCCAGCCAGAUUUCCUCUUGUAAUAUUAUUAUUAUUAUUAUUAUUAUUAUUAUUAAAAAUAAUAAAUGCCCUUUACAGGAGGCUGUAGAAGCUUCAAGAGAAGAGUACCAAUGUGACUUUUUACAUCAGAAACAAACUGUGCAAACUAGCUGUUUAGGAGGAAACAUGCUGAGCUAUAGAAAUGUUUAAAAACCUGUCCUCCCGAACUCUUAUCUGUCUUUCUCCUUUCUGCACUCGGGUGUGGGAGAAGCAGGAAAAACAGCAACCUGCUAGUUCUCUUUCCUCCCAUAUGCAUAAUAAGAUUUUGCUCCUGAAAAAGAGUGUAGGUGCCCUGCAGUAUGCUUAUCUUAGCAAUCGAAGUUCCUCUUACUUCUGACCCCCACCCACAACCAGCUGCUCCCCUGGCAUAGAGAGACACCGUGCAAUAUACUUCACACACCCGAAGACAGCAUAUGGGGAUUGCAAUGGUAGUAUUCCAUACCCAGCUGCAGAGCUCCCUCUGGCAGUGGGACGGGUGACCCUUUUUCCAAUCUGGUUUCUGAGGCAGCUUUAGCCUUUGUGCUUGAUCAGCUGAUCAUAGCACCGGCUUGGCUUAAAUUCUGUUUCUGAAUGAGGAGCCUUGCUUUGGCCCUUUGAAAACUCCCCUAUACGAGAUCAGUAUCGUCUUUUUUGUAUAUAUAUAUGUAUUUUUGUUGUUUUAAAAUUGAGUGCCUGGCACAGGAAAGUGCUGAAGCCACUGGUUCUACUUUGCAGUGGUGCACGGAUCAUUGUAAAUAGGAGAUAUAAGUGGGAGCUGCAACAAAACAUUGCAGCGCGAAGUGCUGUUCAGGGUUCCAGCAAGUCUGCCAUGCCCUUUCCAGGAUACUCCACCCCCCUUUCCCCACCCACCAUUCAAUGUGCACUGAGCAUGCUCAGUCCUCAUUGGGCUGUUUGGGGAUUCCUGUUUCCCCCAUCAUUGCUUUUUCCUCUACAGAUUUUCUGUGCACUUCUGCACAGUAUAUACUUGGGGUUCCCCCCAAAGCCUGCUGUUACCUGCCUUUCAUUUGUGGUUGUACCAUUUAAGGCUAGGCACUGGAGAAAAAAAGGAGUUUCCCAUUAGUAUGUGUUUGGCAAAUGAGCGAUGCUCCCUCUGCUGUACAGGCUGAAAAGUGCAGCUUGCUAUGCAGAUGCCAUUGAGAGGCAAGUUGCUGUUUAUGUGUACGACAUACAGUGCAUACUGCCUCACCUAUGAGAUCGCUCCUUGUUUUCUAGGUAUUUUCCCAGCAGUAAGAAGCAGGCAGUGAGCCACUUGUUUAUAAAACACAGCACCUAUUUUUAAACCUGUGUGUCUCGUGUGCCUAGAGGGGAUAUCACCAUGGCACUGAACUAUACUCUGCUCCUCCUUUUCCGUAACAAAUAUCUAAGUCACAGCCAGCUUUAGUCCCGACACUCCAUGGUGCACUCUUCAAAACAAGCACAGCCCAUCUCACUGGGCAGUUCACAUAGGGCAUACAAUGUAGUGGCAGCUGAAUUUGUGAACUAACAUUGCUUGGCAUGACAUUGAGCACUAUGAAAGCUUGGGUCUGUGAUGGCUCCUGUGUGCAAGUCAGUGGGAUGAGCGGGAACCUAUGAACCAAGGCAAAACUUCUUCUGGAAGUGAUGGCUGUUGCGAAAAAGUGCCGUUUGCUUUGUUGUAGAGCAGGUUGUGUGGAGCUUUUGGCCCUCUAGGCGUUUGUUUAUUUAUUCCAACACAGUGGUGUACGGGAGUCCCAAUACGAUCAGACUAAAAAUGAGGGAAAGCUGUAAAACGUCACUGAACCACAGCUCCCACCAGCCCUAGCAAGCACCAGGGAUGACAGGAGUCUAUAUUUCAGCACCAUCUGGAGGGACAAAGGAUCCCCCACUCCUGCAAUAGAGUUCCAAAAGCUUAUUGUGGGGUAUACUGUAAAUACAUAGCAUCCUCAACCCAGCUGUUUUCAUAAGAGAAAUUGGGAAUCGGCCAUCACAGUGGGCCACCACUGCAAGACCACCAAGCAAUAUACAGAACUCUGACUGGUUCACCUGAUACUUUAAAAAAGUUUGCUUCUUUCAAGUAGGAUCACGGCAGGAGCCCCGUGGGAGAGGGUUAAACUACAUGUGGAAGAGAGAAAUGGUUCUCUAAUCGAAAUCACCCCUACCUGCAAGGUUGCUAAUGGUCUCACUGGGAGAAGAGCAAAGUAUGAGUUGUUACCUGACUUUUCCCCUAGAAGGACUAAUAGCUCAGGGAGAGAUCUUGGGUAAAGGGGGAUAAACCUCUCCUCCAGAACUGUUGCCUGAAUCCAAUGUUGGCUCAUCAGUAAUUGUGAAAGUUUAAGAACAAACACCUGAGCACAGCAGGCGUUCUAGUCCCAAUUCUCCCACAUGUGGUUUGGCCAUAAAUCUGCUUGCGAUACUUCCCCACUUGAUACUGGAAGUAUUUCUGGUAAAAGGGUGGAUUGACUGAAACCCCUCCUGGUAGUGUCAGUGAGAGGGCAUUCCUCCUCUCUUCUCCUAGGUAAGAAAUCUGUAGGGUGUUGUGAUUUAAAGCAGUAUCCCUCAACAGCCGAGUUUAGUGUACAACUACCAAUUUGAUGCAGCCAUAAAGGCAGCAGACUGUGAUAAUUCUAAUAUCUCUGAUGAAGCGUGAAUCUGAUUUGAUCGGCAGCUAGCCUCUCCUCACUAAGCUGUGACCACGCACCUUCCUUUAGCAGUGUCAAUUGUACCUGUGGCUUUCCUCAUUUUCCCGCAAGAAGGAAAGCACUAAGUUUGUGGAUUGCCACUGCUUAUGUGGAGCCCGAGAGGGACUCAUGUACAUACUAUAAUGGACUUUUUUACUCUAUUAAAGUUCACUUUUAACACAU